AUGUACAUCAAGACUCUCUCUGUGCUCGCCCUGGUUGGCGCUGCUCAGGCUCAUAUGAGCAUGUACUAUCCAGCUCCCUUGGGUGGAGCUCCAGGCAUCAACCGCCAAUCGAAAACACUUGACCCCGAGUUCAACUUUCCCCUCGGCUGCUGCGGUCCCGACGGUGGUGACAGCAGACCUUCACCUGGUAUCUGCCGCGGUCAUCUAGACAAGUACGAUACCGAGAAGGCGAGCGUUACAUGGAAGUCUGGCCAAGAUGCCCACUUCCAGCUUACUAAUUACGACUACGAUCCGGCGGCGCCCGGCGGCACACACUCGGGAGGCUCUUGUCAGGUAGGGUUCUCUUUGGAUAAGGGCAAGACGUGGAAGAUGGCUGCUUCGUAUCACGGUGCUUGUCCUCACGCAACAGAGGAUGGCUCACCCGAAGCUCAGACUUUCGAUUUCAAGGUUCCUACUGGAAUGCCUGCAGGCGACGCUCUAUUCGGGUGGGUGUGGCUGAAUCGCGAGCAUGAGGCCUUUGUGAAUUGUGCCAAGGUUAACAUCGCUGCCGACUCUGGCACUGAGCCCAGCAAGCCUUCUCAAUCCGCGACUCAGCCCAAACCACCAGCAUACUCUCCAACUAAACCCAAAGAGACCCCCGCGCCGCAGGUGCCUCAGCCCCAGCAACCCUCAGUUGUCACUGUUACGAAUGUGGUGGCAACCACGAUCUACCAACCGUACGAGCCAUCAGCGAUUCCUACCAGCGAGGCUGAACAACCUGACAACUCCUAUGGUAACUCAUGGAAGUGGGGACGCCCUCACCCGCAAGUCAAGCCAAACACUCGCCGCUAUGAUGUUGACGGUUCCCGCUGCGACUGCCGCCGCGAUGAGCUCACUCUGGCCGCACGCUGCACUUGUGACUCGCCCGACAAAGCCAUCGAACGCAAGGCUCUUCGCCUACACCGCCGUACCUUUUACAGGCGUACGGAUGCUUGUGACUGGAAGACUGCCCCCAAGAUGGAGGUCUCAUACUAUACUACCGACGCCAAGUGCGCGGCCGGCGCGAAGGACCGUGUGCCUGAGAGCGACGACUUUGAGCUUGCCUGGGAUGUCAACUGUGGUGUAGUCGCUGGUAUAAGCGAGUACAAGAUCAAGACCUUCAGCUGCGACAUGUACGGUUAA